AUGGACGAAAAGUCCGGCCUGCCGCCCUACGCCCCUGCGGCACACGGGUAUACCCCGCUGCCCACGCCCGGCACUAGCACGAGCACGCGACGCCACGGCGGCAGCCGUGUCCGCCGCUCACGCGCCAUCAAGUUCAUCAGCAUCGCCUGCCUGGCGCUCAUUGUGCUCUCGCAGUGGAAGCAAUCGUGGUACACGGAGCGCGCGGCCCCCAAGCUCUCCGCGGCACGCCUCCACGCCGACCUGCAAACCUGCCAGAAGCUGCAGUCGAAGCCGCAGGACCCCAUCGGGCUGGGUCGCGAGCGCAACGCCCGCUACAUUGACGGCGGCAAGCCCACCCUCAUAAAGAAUGCCACCAUCUGGGUCGGCGAGCCGGUCCCGGGCACGAGCGAGGCGGACGCGCGCGCCGGCAAAGGCUGGGAGUGGAUCUCGGGCGACGUCUACAUCGAGUACGGCCUGAUCCAGCGAGUCGAGGACGCCAUCGCCGGCACCUCCCUCUCCGCGGACACGCUCGUGGUCGAGGCCCAUGGACGUCUCCUCACCAGCGGCAUCAUUGACAUGCACAGCCACGCUGGCGUCGGCCCCCUGCCCGGGCUCCAGGGCGACCAGGAUACCAAUGAAAUGUCCGACGACAUCACGCCGUGGGCACGCUCCAUCGACGGCAUCCACCCCGAUGACGUUCAGAUCCAAGUCAUCAAGUCCGGCGGCGUCACCACCUCGCUCAUCCUGCCCGGCUCCGGCAACAACAUGGGCGGCGAGGCGUACGUCAUCAAGCACGCCGUGGGCAAAGCCGACGGCCGCGCGGAAACGUCGGCCGCCGACAUGCUCGCGGAUCCGGAGCGCAACUGGCGCUACAUGAAGAUGGCGUGUGGCGAAAACGCCAAACGUGUGCACGGCGGCAUCGACAAGUCGCCCUUCAGCCGCAUGGGCGAAUCGUACCGCUUCCGUCGUGCGUUUGAGACGGCCCGCGACCUCGUCACCAGGCAGGACGACUGGUGUCGCAAGGCCGAGGCCAUUGGCGCGGACAACAUGGAUGAGUAUCUCCCACAGGAUCUGGCGUGGGAGUCCCUGUCGGCGGCGCUGCGUGGACAUGUGCACAUCAAUACGCACUGCUACAAGAUUGCCGACCUCGAGGCCAUGGUGGACCACAGUAACGAAUUUCAAUUUCCCAUCCGCGCAUUCCACCACGCCCACCAGACCUAUCUCGUUCCAGAGAUUCUGAAGCGCACAUGGGGUGGCCGCGCGCCUGCGUCCGCCAUCUUUGCCGACAACAUGUUCUACAAGGCCGAAGCGUACGUCGGCUCCGAAUACGCCGGCAAGUACCUCUACGAUGAGGGUCUGACCCCCGUCUACGUCUCGGACAAUCCCGUCCUCAACGCGCAGCACGUCCUCUUCGAGGCCGCCAAGGGCUACCACUGGGGCCUGCCGUACCACGCCGCUCUCGCCAGCGUCACCUCUGCGCCCGCCGACCUGCUCGGUCUCGGCCAGCGCCUCGGCAAGAUCAAGCCCGGCUUCGAUGCCGACCUGGCCCUCUGGGACUCGGACCCGCUCAGCGUCGGCGCCGCCCCCGUGCAGGUCUGGAUCGACGGUGUCUCCCAGUUCGCUGACCCCGUCGAGCUCGACAAGGACCACACCGGUCCGAUCCAGCCAGACACCAGCCUCGCCGAGAUUCCCGCCGAGGAGCCUGUUUCGGUCGAGUCUGUGCUCUUUACAGGAAUCACCAAGGUGCUCCUCGACCUUCCCGAGCACGCCUCUUCCAUUGUUGCUGCCGAAGCCGCCGGCAAGCCUUUCAGCAUCGCCGUCAGCCACGGCAAGGUAUCCUGCGUGGGCGCCUGCACCGCCGCCGAGAACAGCAACACCAAGAUCGUCCCUCUCAAGGACGGACACGUCCACAAGGCGUUCACCGCAUACGGCAACCUUGGGCUCGUCGAAAUCUCCGCCGAAGAGACAACCAACAACGGCCGCACCAAGGCCUUUACGCGCGCCAUCGACGGCCUGCAGUUCGACGGCAAGGUCCUCUCCGUCGCGGGCAAGUACGGCGUCACCCGCGCCGUGUCCCCACCGCUCGGUGCUGGCGGUCCCCUUGGCGUCAGCGCCGCAUUCGUCACCACCGCGUCUACCAGCAUCGAGGACGACGCCGUCUUUGCGAGCGACGCCGCUGUGCACUACACCCUCGACUCUUCCGUCAAGUAUGAUAAGAAGAGCUACGCGGAGGCCUUUGGCGAGCUACGCCGCAAGCUCCUCGACGCUGCCACCGCAUCAAAGGACAACAUCACCGAUGCCCACUCCGAAGCGGCGUACCUCCAGCGCGUCGUCGCCGGCGACCUGGUUCUCGCGCUGAGCAUCUCGUCCGCCGACGGCAUCGCCUCGGCCCUACGCAUCAAAUCCGAGGUCGAGUCUGCCACCUCCUCCCACAUCCGUCUCGCCAUCAUCGGCGGCGCCGAGUCGUACCUCGUCGCGGACCAGCUCGCCGCGGCCAAGGUCGGCGUCAUCCUGACUCCCCUGCAGCAGCUCGGCGGUUCGUGGGAUGCGCGCCGCGCGCUCGUCGGCGCGCCGCUGCACAACGGCACCGCGGUCGACAGGCUCGUCGCGGCGGGUGUCGUGGUCGGCGCCGGCCUGAGCGAGGAGUGGCGCGUGCGGGACAUGGCCUUUGAGGCGGGCACGGCGUGGCGCAACAGCAACGGCAAGAUUUCGCAAAAGGACGCGCUGGACAUCGUGUCGACGAAUGUUUACAAGGUUCUGGGCGUGGAGGAGCCCGAGAAGCACAGCGGCGCGCACUUUGUCGUGUCGGAGGGCGAUCCGCUCGACAUCGGGGCGCGCAUCAGGGCUGUCGGUGCGGGACGCGGCCAGGUGUCCGUCUUCUAA